AUGGCGGCCAACUACUGGGAAUCUACCCAGCGAAAACACUGGCUAUUUACCAAAGAUGAGCUCGCUGCCAUGCGCGCAAAGUUGGAGGCUGAAGAUCCUAACUUGGUGGCCUCUUUCCCCCUUCCGCAACUACGCCAUCUGAACAUCUACUUUAACCAACAAAUCAACCGCAUCGGCAAGCGCUUGCAGAUUCGACAACAGGCCUUGGCCACCGCCCAAGUCUACAUCAAGCGCUUCUACACCAAAGUCGAGAUCCGGCGCACCAAUCCCCACCACGUUAUCGUGACCGCCCUAUAUCUGGCCUGCAAGAUGGAGGAAUGUCCACAGCACAUCAGGAUCAUGGCUAAUGAGGCCCGGACCUUUUGGCCUACCGACUUCCAGUCCCAGACCGAUGUGGCAAGGAUAGGAGAGUGCGAGUUCUACCUGAUUUCGGAAAUGAGCUCGCAUCUCAUCGUCCAUUCGCCCUACCGUACCCUCACAAUCUUACAAGGAGAGCUUGGGUUGGCACAAGAGGACGUCAACCUUGCCUGGUCCGUCAUCAACGACCACUACAUGACGGAUCUGCCGCUACUCUACCCACCACAUGUCAUAGCCUUGACAGCCAUUCUCUUGGCUCUGGUGUUGCGGCAGGAUCCCAGUGGUCGCCUCCCUGGAACAGCCGCGUCGAACUCGGGACUGGCAGCUGCUUCGGCAGCGUUGGCUCAGGCACAGGCGCAAGCACAAGCACGCGCUGCGAUGAUGGCUGGACGGUGGCCAGGGUGUGCCUGGUCUCGCCCACCAGUCAUCUUCUGGAUUGCAGGCUAUGCUUCCACCCCAGUCACCAGCCGGAGAAGGCCCUGCCGAAGGGACCAAGAACCCACGCAUGGCAAAGGUUCACCGAUUUGCGGCGUGGCUCUCUGA